AUGUACUUACCAACCAAAUCAUUUUCAAACAAUAGUAACAAUAAUAAUAAUAAUAACAAUAGUAGUAGUAAUAUCUCAAAGAAUAAUAAUAAUAGUAACAACAUAGUAAAUAGUAAAUCACCAUCUUCAAGCAAUUUACUAUCACCAUCAUCGUCAUCAAGACCAGUUCCAGUUUUAGAAAGAAAGGCAUCAAAAAGCUCAUUGGUCGAAGAAAUGAAUAACGUAUUGCAGAGAUUAGAUCUUAGAAGACCAAGUUUUGCUCACCCAAGUGUUGGACCAAAUGGACUACCAAUAAUCGACGAGACCACAUUGUCGUCGCCGUCAUUGUCACCUAAUGCCACUAGUAUCCUAUCUUCAUCUUCCAGCAAUUCCAUAGUUGUUGAUCUAUCGUCAUCUUCAUCAAUGACAACCGAUCUCAACAACAAUAGUAAUGCUACUGGCAAUAUUCGUGUACACGAUGACAUUGACAUUGUAGUGGUUGGUGACGAGGGUGUACACAAGGCCAAAUUUAUUUCAACCUUUUUGGGCAAUGGCAUCGAAAACGAUCCAAUGUCUGAGAAUAUGCAAUCAUGCAGGGCUGUCAUGGUAAAGAAUGGUACCUACAAUGUAAAUGUCCAUAGUAAUAUUGGCAUUGAAGAUUUUUGGGGUAUCAAUGACCUUUACAAUCGUCAAGGUCAUGGCUUUAUAUUUGUAUACAAUGUCAAUUCUCUAGAAUCCUUUAAUCUCUUUCAAUCUUUGCGUGAAAAGAUCCUCUAUGACAAGGGUGUUGAAAAUAUCAUAAUGACAUUGGUAGGAAUCAACCAAGACGAGCAACUACAAAACUCUAGAUUUAUUUCAUCAACACAACAACGCGAUGAUACAUCAACGAGCAGCAGCAACAACAACAACAUAAGAGAAGUUUCUUUUCAAGCUGCUAAAAAGUUGGCAGAUAUGUAUAAUUAUUCCCUCAUUGAAAUCUCCACUUUUGACGAUUCAGUUCAAUCAGAGAUAACUGGUUGUAUGUCUGAUCUCUUGAAUCGUAUCACCAAUAUUAGUAACAAUAACAACAACAACAACAACAACAACAACGGUAACAAUGGUGUUGGUCAAAACUCUUCCUCAUCAUCACCAUCAUCAUCAUCAUCAUCGCCUAUUAUUUCCUCUCAAUCUCAUCAUCAUGUUGUAACAUUAAAUCAAUUAAAUAGUAGUAACGGUAUUAAAUCAAAUUCACCAUCAUCACCUUUAUCAACAUCAACCAAUCCACAACUCAUUAAAAGCAAUAGUAAUCUCAAUAUGAAUAAUCAUAUAUCAAUGUUGAAUAGUAGUGGUGGUGGUGGUGGUGGUGGUAACAACAAUAGCAACAACGCACAAAAUGGAUCAUUAUAUAAUAGUAAAUCAACUUCAUCAUCCAAUCUCCAAAAAGAUAGUAUGAUAGAGGUGACAGUAUUGGGUGAUGUAUUUGUUGGUAAAUCACAAUUCAUUCAACGAUGUCUUGGAAAUCCAUUUUCAAAGGUGUACCGAGAGACUUUGGAGUGGAACAAACAUAUCGUACAAAAAAAGUUGGAUGAUGUUCGUCAUUUUAUCAAAGUUACCGAUACCCGUGGUCUAAUGAUAGAGGAUUAUCUCACAAGAGAGCGUCUAAUGUCUAGCCAAGGAUUUGUAUUUGUAUACAGUAUUACAUCUCGAAAUAGUUUUAACAUUCUCGAGUCACUACGUAAAAAGGUAUUGGCCACCAAAGCAGCUGAAACCAAACUUCCAUGUAUUCUUAUUGCAAACAAGUCUGAUUGUCAGAUGCUUGCUCGUCAGGUAAAGUCUGAAGAAGGUAGAGACCUUGCUCAACGUUGGGGAUGUUCAUUCUUUGAAAUCUCGACACAAAACUGUGACGACGAUGACAUUCAAAAAAUUGUCAAACAUCUCUUGACAGACACUCAAAAGAGUUUCAAUAGUCAAUCAGACUUUGGCGGUGAAUUUAAAAAAGAAGGAUAUCUUAUGAAGGAAGGCAAAAAAUUAAAGUCAAUGUCUAGAUACUAUUUCAAGAUUAAACGUGGUUGUCUCUACUUUUGCAAGAAUCAGGCACACACCAAGAACAUAAAAUCGAUGGAACUCUCAGAUGCAGUGCAAGUACAGAUACUCAACAAUGGUACCAAUGAAAAGAAAGAUAUCUGGCCAUUCUCUAUCGUCAGUACUGGUAAACAUAUGAAUCUCAUUGCUUCAAGUGAGGCUGAUCGUGAUGCUUGGGUUACCUCUAUCAAAAUCAACUGUUAUGUCAAUGAAUUUAUUAAUAAUAUUAUGGACGAUGUGGUUGGUAAUAUGGUCAGUGAAGUUGCACAACAAUCACAAAUACAACAAUCACAAAUACAUAAAAGAUCAGAUUCUCAACAGCAACAACAACAACCACCAAACUCUCCACAACCAACAACGUCCAAACCAUCCCCCUCAAGUGUUGGAGGAUUCUCUUAUACUGCAGUUGCAGCAGCAGCAGCGGCAGCAGCAGCAGCUUCUCAAAAUAAUCAACAUACACCUCUUUCGCUUUCACCGACCGACUCUUCUCCAACAUCACCAUACCUCACACCUUCACCACCAUCAUCUGAUAGUUCAUUGGGUGAUUCUCCACCAAAUGUAUCUCAGUUAUCAAAUCAACAACAACAACAUCAUUUUACCAAUCAGCUACCACCCUCUAGUCCACUAAAAAAGAAUUCAAGUCUACUUCAACGUACAACGAGUUUUAAAUCCAAAUUUGGCCAUUAA